AUGAGGAGGGGGUGGGCAAUAAUUACUACUAGAGAUGAAGAAGGUUCAUAUUAUGGUGCAAAAGCAACAUUAAAUGUAUGGGGAUUACCAUCGGUUUCAGAUCGUCAAGAGAGCUUUUCACAAAUUACUCUUCGUAAUGAUGAAGAUGUGAUAUCAGCCGGAUGGCAUGUGUUCCCGGAAUUUUACGGUGACCACGAUACUCAUUUCUACACUCUUUGGGUGUCAGGUGCCACGCCCAAUAAAGCAUGCUACAACUUGGAGUGUGAAGGAUUUAAACGAGAUAAUACAUCUCUUUAUAUUCCUGGUCAUAAAAUUGAACCGCUGUCCACGUACAACGGGGGCCAAUUUGAAAUAAUUCUUAAGAUAAAACAGAACAACGAUACCGGCGACUGGUCAUUAUAUUAUGGGCCUAACGGGGAUAAGCCAGUUGGGUCUUGGCCCAAAUCCCUCUUCACAAAAUUAGCCGACAAGGCUACGACCGUCGACGUCGGAGGAGCGGUCCUCUUUAACACGGGGGAACCAAGCCCACCGAUGGGAAGCGGUCAAUUUUCUUCGGAAAAAGCAAAAAAAGCAGCGUACGCGAAGGAUAUACAGUUCGUAGAUAAAUCCGGACGUUCGUACAAACCAGGGGAUGACGUAAUCGGAGAAUAUGCAGAUAUUAGCCACUGCUACAGUAUUUCUACUUUUGGAAAUCUAGCAAAUGGUUUUUAUUUUGGUGGUCCCGGAGGAUGUAUUUAAAGCCCUUUAGAAAAAUAUCAUAGGU